AUGAGCGGUGGCCCGAAGAGAGACAUGUUGGGCUGGUACAAUGCUCCCCGCGCUGAGACGAGCAUCCCUCACCAUGGCAACCGCUUGGAGGCUCCUGACGUGCGUUCUCAUCCUCACCACAGCGGCGGGCGGCUAAGCCUGCAACCAUUUUGUGCCGGCAGCCUUGGGGAACCAGAGGAGUUCCUCUCCAGCCUGGAUCACUAUGAAAUUGCUUUCCCCAUCCAAGUGGACCAAAACGGGGACUUCCUCACCUUCGACAUGCGACGCCAGCCCAAGCGGCGCGCCCGGCGCGGCCUGAGCUCCCUGGCCUACGAGGCAGCUGAGCCGCAGGUCUUCUACAAGGUCCCCGCCCAAAGCACCCAGUUCCUCCUCAACCUGACCCUGCACUCCAACCUGCUGGCCGAGCACUUCACCGUGGAGUACUGGAAGCGGGACGGGGUGGACUGGCAGCACGACUUCCAUGAGGACUGCCACUACGCAGGCCACCUGCAGGGUCAGCACCUGAGCUCCAAAGUCGCCAUCAGCAACUGCAACGGGCUGCACGGGGUGAUCGUGGCCGACGAGGAGGAGUAUUUCAUCGAGCCCCUCAGCCUGGGCGCCAACCUGAGUGCAGGGAGCGAGGGCGAGGGAAGCCCCCACGUGGUGUACAAGCGAUCGUCCCUCCAGCACUCGCACAUGGACGCGGCCUGCGGUGUCUUAGAUGAGAAGCCCUGGAGGGGGAGACCUUGGUGGCUGCGGACGCUGAAGCCCUCCCCUCUGAAACCCUCCGGCAACAGCAGCCAGCGCGGCCAGCUGCCCCUGAAGAGAUCCGUCAGCACCGAGCGCUACGUGGAGACCCUGGUGGUGGCCGACAAGAUGAUGGUGGGGUACCACGGGCGGCGGGACAUAGAGCAGUACAUCCUGGCCAUCAUGAAUAUUGUUGCCAAACUUUUCCAGGACUCAAGUCUGGGCAAUAUUGUCAAUAUCCUUGUGACCCGUCUGAUUCUUCUCACCGAGGACCAGCCCACCCUGGAGAUUAACCACCAUGCCGGGAAGUCGCUGGACAGCUUCUGCAAGUGGCAAAAAUCCAUCGUGAACCGGAACGGCAAUGGGAACGCCAUCCCCGAGAACGGCAUCGCCAACCACGACACCGCGGUGCUCAUCACCCGGUACGAUAUCUGCAUCUACAAGAACAAGCCCUGUGGCACCUUAGGGCUGGCCCCGGUGGGGGGAAUGUGUGAGCGAGAGAGAAGCUGCAGCAUCAAUGAGGACAUCGGGCUGGCCACGGCCUUCACCAUCGCCCACGAGAUCGGCCACACGUUCGGCAUGAACCACGAUGGAGUUGGCAACAGCUGCGGCUCCCGCGGGCAAGAAACGGCCAAGCUCAUGGCGGCUCACAUCACCAUGAAAACCAACCCUUUCGUGUGGUCGACCUGCAGCCGGGAUUAUAUCACCAGCUUCCUGGACUCAGGCCUGGGACUGUGCUUGAACAACGCUCCUCCCAAGCAAGAUUUCGUCUACCCGACGGUGGCGCCCGGACAGGCCUACGACGCGGACGAGCAGUGCCGCUUCCAGUACGGAGUUAAAUCUCGCCAGUGUAAAUACGGGGAAGUCUGCAGUGAGUUAUGGUGUUUGAGCAAAAGCAACCGCUGCAUUACCAACAGCAUCCCUGCCGCAGAGGGGACCAUCUGCCAAACCAAUACCAUUGAAAAGGGGGACUGCCCCCCUGGGUCCCAUGACUUCCGCGAGCUGCAGUGCGCCGAGUUCGACAACAUCCCCUUCCGCGGGAAGUACUACACCUGGAAGACGUACCGAGGAGGGGGCGUGAAAUCCUGUUCUCUCAACUGCCUGGCCGAGGGCUUCAACUUCUACACGGAGCGGGCAGCUGCCGUGGUGGACGGGACGCCCUCUGCACGCUCUGCCUGCCGCAGUGGGCAUUCGGAGCCGGGGCCCGGAGCCACGCUGGCCUGGGCCCAUGCCCGUGGUGGGAGGGCCAAGGCCCACAGAGGGAGCCACGCCGGCCUGGGCCCAUGCCCGUGUGCUGGGCUCCCUGAUUUGUUUUCCCUACGGGUGGGUUCAGGAUUCCUUCCCCCUGCCCAAGCUGUGCUGAACUCAGACGGUGCCCACCCCCCGGCUGCUCCCUGCGGUGUCUCUGACCCCAGCGUGCCUCGGUUCCCUGCUGACCCCGCCUGGGGCUGUCUUCCAGAUUACGAGGAGGUGGUCUGGAUCCCCAAGGGCUCGGUGCACAUUGACGUCCGGGAGCUGAACCUCUCUCUCAGCUACCUGGCGCUGAAAGGGGAGAGCGGCGAGUAUUUCAUCAACGGGAAGCUCUCCAUCGACCCGCCCAGGCGCCUUGACCUCGCCGGGACGACCUUCCACUACAGGAGAGCUCCGGACGAGCCCGAAUCGCUGGAGGCCCUAGGGCCUACCAAUGCCACGCUCAUUGUCAUGGUUCUCGUGCGGGCAGAGCUGCCGGGGAUUCGGUACAAGUUCAACACGCCCCUCGCCCGCAGCUCCCUGACCCAGUAUUCCUGGCACUACGCGCCUUGGACCAAAUGCUCCGCCAUCUGCGCGGGGGGCAGCCAAGUCCAGUCCGUCGUGUGCAAGAAACAGGCCGACAGCUCCACAGUCUUCAACCAUUUCUGCAGCCCUGAAACCAAGCUGCCUGAGAAGCAGCGGCCGUGCAACACUGAGCCAUGUCCGCCCACCUGGGCGGUGGGGAACUGGUCAGAAUGCAGCCGGAGCUGCAACGGGGGCAUCCGCACCCGCAGCGUCGCCUGCCAGAGGAAGGUCUCUGCGGCCGAGGAGAAAACCCUGGACGACAGCGCCUGCGCCCAGCCCCGGCCCACGAUGCACGAGCCCUGCAAUAACCAGACAUGCCCCCCGCAAUGGGCAGCCCUGGACUGGUCAGAGUGCACCCCGAGCUGCGGGCCCGGUUUCCGCCACCGCAUCGUGCUCUGCAAAAGUGGGGACCACAGCACCACCCUGCCCAACUCGCAGUGCCCAGAGAGCACCAAGCCCCCGGCCAGCAUGAGGUGCACCCUGCGGCGCUGCCCGCCCCCGCGGUGGGUGACUGGCGAGUGGGGAGAGGUACUGAGUCCUAGCUCUUCCCGGGGAGCCGUGGGGGGUGCCCAGGAGAUCCCGGGCGGGCACUGCACACGGGCACCUCAACGAAGGCAGCGCAGCGCAGGGGUGACAGCACGCCCGGGCAGCAGGGGAGCGGGGCUCAGUGGGUUUGGAUCAGGGGACAGCCUCAAGCCGGCCGCCAUGCAGCAGUGCGAAGCCCAGUGCGAGUCAGGAGCUACCGAGAGCCCGGAAGAGUGCAAGGAUGUGAACAAGGUCGCCUACUGCCCCCUGGUGCUGAAGUUCAAGUUCUGCAGCCGGACCUACUUCCGACAGAUGUGCUGUAAAACCUGCCAGGGGCAUUAAAGGAGCCAGGCGACCCCGUCGGAAAACUGGAAGGCGAAAGCAACGCCAGGGGGCAGCCACUCCCUCCGCCCCUGCCCCGGGAA